UGAAUAUGCCCAUUGCAUAAUUAUAAGAAAAAGCCUGCAACUUCCUUCGAAGCCAAGCCACAAGAGAACUUUCUUUGUAUCAUCUCGCUAUCUCUCGCCUCUUUCCCUGCUUUAUCGGUAAAAACCCUUGUUUUUCUCUGUUCAAGGAAGAGAAAAGGCUCGGACUUUGAUCGAAUCUGAGUUUCUAUUCCCAAAAUGGCAUCUGGAUCGUCGGGUCGUGCCAACUCGGGCUUGAAGGGAUUCGAUUUUGGGUCCGAUGACAUUCUUUGCUCUUAUGAAGAUUACGGCAAUCAGGACUCUUCCAAUGGAACUCAUUCGGAUCCUGUGAUCGGUACUAAUUCCAGCAAGGAUUUUCACAAAAGUAGAAUGGCAAGGUCAUCUGUGUUCCCUGCCACUUCCUAUGGCCAGCCAGAAGAUUCUCUCAACAAAGAUAUUAUCUCUAUUUUUGAGAAAGGCAUGAAAAAACAUACGGAUAACCUAAUGCGCUUUCUCGAAGGGAUCAGCUCUCGGAUGUCUCAAUUGGAAUUGUAUUGCUACAACCUUGACAAAUCAAUUGGAGAAAUGCGAUCUGAUUUAGUUCGUGACCAUGGAGAGGCAGAUACAAAGCUUAAAUCUCUUGAGAAACAUCUUCAAGAGGUGCACAGGUCUGUCCAGAUCCUGAGAGACAAACAAGAGCUUGCUGAGACUCAAAAAGAAUUAGCGAAGCUUCAACUUGUGCAGAAGGAGUCCUCUUCAUCAAGCCAUUCCCAAUCUGAGGAAAAAACUUCACCACCAGCCUCUGAAUCCAAGAAAGCCGACAACACACCUGAAAUACAUAACCAACAGUUGGCUCUUGCUUUGCCCCGCCAAGUAGUGCCACAGCAACAGCCUGCACCUGUGCCCCCACUGACCCAAGCACCACCUCAGAACGUGACCCAACAGCAAUCUUAUUAUUUGCCUCCAGCCCAAACCCAGCACCCUCAGAGCCAAUAUCUGUCUUCUGAUCCUCAAUAUCGAACACCCCAAAUGCAAGACAUCUCUAGGAUGGCUCCACAGCCAACACAGAAUCAAAUAAAUCAGACACCACAGGGCCAACAAUUUCCUCAGUAUCAGCAGCAGUGGCCCCAACAGUUACCACAGCAACAGUUACCACAGCAGGUACAAGCAUCGCAACAGUCUGCCAUACAGCCGCAGAUAAGGCCCUCAUCACCAUCAGUUUAUCCUACUUAUCCACCCCCAGGCCAACCGACGAAUUCAUCCCCACCAGAGACACUGCCAAACAGCAUGCCUAUGCAAGUGUCGUAUGCAGCGGUACCUCAACCCUUACCUAGUCGUGCUGAUGCCAUACCUUAUGGAUUUGGAGCCGGUAGAACUGUUCCUCAGCAACCCCCACCACAGCAAAUUAAGGGCACUUAUGGAGCACAACCUGGUGAUGGAUAUGCAACUGCUGGUCCCCAUUCCGCACUUCCCACAGGGAGUACAUACAUGAUUUAUGAUAGUGAAGGGGGAAGAACACAUCAACAACCUCACUUUCCACAGGCUGGAUAUUCACCGGCAAAUAUUGGUCUCCAAAAUCCUCUGCCAGCUACUGGCACAAAUAUGUUAGCUCGCAAUCCAAGCCAUUCACACUAUAUUCGCAACCAUCCCUAUAGUGAGUUGAUUGAGAAGAUGGUAAACAUGGGUUUCAGAGGUGAUAUUGUUGUGAGUGUGAUACAGAGGAUGGAGGAGAGCGGUCAGCCUGUGGAUUUUAAUGCCGUGCUUGAUCGGUUGAAUGUGCAUUCUUCUGGAGGUCCUCAGAGGGGAUGGUCAGGGUGAUUUGGGUUUUAAACCUUCCAUUGUAGUAACAAUGAUGUGUAAGUUAGACUUGAAUUUGAAUAAAUGCUGUUAUGAUGCAGGAUCUCUUGGAGUAGUAUGUAUAUCAUGUAUCUUGAAGGGUCAUAUUUUGCUAAUUCCUCCUCUGUUGCUAGUGUUAUGGAUUUCUCCCUGUGAUUUUUUUAGGAGGGGAAAAAUCCAGUUGGAUUAUUAGGCCUUUUAAGGAUCAUAGAUUUGUGUGAAAUUUAGGCUUGCCAAGCAUGGCACUUAUGGUUCCUUUGAAUAAAGUUUCGCUUUCACGGUC